GGGGCAGACAGACACAGUGAAACUCCUACUGGAAAAGAACGCCAACCCAGACCCUUCAGAUGCCUUUGGUCGAAACGCCUCUGUCGUGGGCUGCAGAAGAGGGACAUUAUGACAUUGCAAAACUUCUCGUUUAGAGAAAGGUCCGCAUCGAUUUUGGCGAUGAGGCUAAAAUGACACCUCUCUCAUACGCAGCUUCUCGGGGACAUGAAUCCAUCGUGUCUUUGCUUUUAGACGCCGGCGCAAAUCCAGAUGUUAAGGACGAAAAUGGCCGGGCGCCUAUGUCAGCAGCAGCAGCAGCAGCAGCAGCAGCAGCGAGCUAUAAUUCCAUUGUGGCGCUGCUGUUAGAGUAGGGCGCCUCGCCAAAUGAAGGCGGCGACGAAUCACCCUUUAUUUGCCGUAGGCGACGACAAUCCAGAAUUAG